AUGGAUCUUUGCUUAAUGUUUGUAAAAAAUUUGGAAAGUUUAUUAUAUCUUCAUGAUCAAGGUGUAAUUCAUCGUGAUAUAAAGGGUGCAAAUAUAUUAACCACAAAAGAAGGUUUAGUUAAAUUGGCUGAUUUUGGUGUUGCUACAAAAACUGCUAAUCUUGGUGAUUUAUCCGUGGUUGGUUCUCCUUAUUGGAUGGCUCCUGAAAUAAUUGAAUUAUCUGGCGCUACUACUUCUUCUGAUAUUUGGAGUGUUGGUUGUGUUGUUAUUGAACUUUUAGAAGGAAAACCUCCUUAUCAUAAUUUAGAUCCAAUGCCUGCUCUUUUUCGAAUUGUUGAAGAUGAUCAUCCUCCUUUACCUGAAAGUGCUUCUCCUGCUGUUAAAGAUUUUCUUAUGCAAUGUUUUCAAAAAGAUAGUAACCUUCGUGUAUCUGCAAGAAAAUUACUUAAACAUCCUUGGAUUGCUAAUGUUCGUAAACCAAAUAUAACUACUGAAUUUGAAGAUGCUAUAAGAUCUGUGAAAGAAUGGAAUGAAGCUCUAAAGGAUGCUAAAUUUGAAAAUCAUAAAAGACGAAGAAGUGGUUCUAUAAAAUCUUCUGCUACUAUGCCUUCAAAAUCAAUAUCUCCUCUUUAUUGUUCAGCUUCUUCCCCAAAAAUUCCUGAUUUUACUCCUCCUACUAAUACUUGGGAAAACUUAUCUUCUCUGGGUAAUUCUUUGAAUCAACAAAAUCGUCGUUUAUCUGUAUUUCUUGAACAGGCUGAAGUUGAAGGAAAUAAUUGGGAUAAUGAUUUUGUAGAUUCUAUAUCUUUUUCUCAAUUUACAAAUACUAAAUCUUUUAACGCUGAUAUUCAACCUAAACAAUCAAAUUAUGAAUUUUACGAAGAUGAUAAUUCUCAAACUGUUCGACCGGCUCAAUUUAGUAAUGGUCUUAAAAAAAAUAAAAAUCAUUCGGUUUCAAAAGAUCAAGGAAAUCAAAUCACAAUAAAAGAUAAUAUAUCAAAUACUGAAACUAAUGGAUUCGUUGAUAAAUCUAUUAAAUCUAAUGGUUGGGAAAAUGUUCAGGACACUGUAAUUCAUUUACCCAAAAAAUCUUUAAAUAAUUCUACUUUGGAAUCAUCAACUACAAUAUCUAAUGAUACUGAUGAAUCUAAACUACGUACUAGACAUACUCGUUCACAUACCACUAAUGAAGUACCUGUCUCAAUUAAUGGAGUAAAAAAGAGUUCAAAUAAACAUCUUUCUUCAUUACCUGCUCAAAAAUCAACAAUGUCUGCUCCAUCUUCUCCAUCUUCAAGAUAUUUUGAUAUACCUGGUUAUCAAAUAUCAAAUAAGGCUAUAAUUAGUUCGUCUCGAGUAUCAACUCCCGUACAAUAUGAAUUUAUGGAAUUAAAUGAACUCCAUCAAUAUCAAGAAUUUGAAGAUGAACAAGAUUACAAUCAAGCUUUUCGAGAUUCUGAUGAUGAUGAAGAUUGUAUAAAUCAUACGUUAAAAUUAAAUGCACAUGACAGUUGGAGAGGUGAUGAUAGUAGUGAUGAAGAUGAUCCAUUCGCUGAAUUGGAGGAAAAAUUUGAUGAAAUGGACUUGGAUGCACAUAUUGCUCGAGAUAAAUAUGCAAAUGCUUGUUCAAGAUUAGCUGAACUCAUAAAUUUUUUACAACCAACCGAAAAUGAAGAUAAGUUGUUAAGUUCUUGCGUUCAAAUAAUCGAUCUCUUAACUGAACAUCAAGAACUUAAGAAUCAUUUUAUAAUCUUUCAUGGUGUCAUUCCUAUCACGGAAAUUUUGGAAAUAUGUGUUAACACUGACUUGCUUUCAAAAUUACUAAAAAUAGUCAACAUAAUAAUUGCAGAUAACAUUGAUGUUCAAGAAAACUUUUGUCUUGUAGGAGGUAUUCCAAUAAUCAUGAGUUUUACUUCAAAAAGAUAUUUAUAUAAAAUUAGAGUUGAAGCUGCAAUAUUUAUAAGGCAGAUUUGUCAUACAUCUCCAAUUAUCCUACAAAUGUUUAUAUCUUGUCAAGGGUUAAAGAUUUUAGUUGACUUUUUACAGGAAGAGUAUUCUAAACAUAAAGAACUGAUUUGGAUUGCGAUUAAUGGAAUUUAUAGUGUUUUUGAACUUCAAAGUUCGACUCCUAAAAACGAUUUUUGUCGUUUACUCGCAAAAAUUGGGGUAUUAGAUCCAUUAGCCAUUACCUUACAUAAUGUUAUAAUGGAUGAUGAUCCUUCAGCCUGCAUAUUUGUGGAUAGAAUUGUUAAUAUCUUUUUAAUGUUUUCUCGAGGAGAUGUUUAUGUAAAAGAAUUUAUGGCUACACGUACACGGGUUGUUACACGGAUUUUUGAAAACUUGUACAAAUUACCGUCACAUUUAAUUGUAGCCGUUCUCAAAUGUAUCAAGAACAUUUCUAUGCAUUCAAAUACAUUGGAUGCUUUACAAAAAGCAAAGGCAAUUCAAAUUCUUACAGCAUUAUUGGAUAAACAAGUUCCAUUAUAUGUCACUGAAAUUUCUAAUCAAGUACUUAACGCAAUGUUCAACCUUUGUCGAAUUAAUAAAUCAAGGCAAGAAGAAGCUGCAAGAGCUGGACUUAUUCCUCAUUUGGUGUAUUUUGCAUCAAAUAAUACACCACUUAGACAUUUUGCUAUUCCAAUUCUUUGUGAAAUGGCACAUACGGGACAAACUUGUCGUGAUCUAUUAUGGCAAAAUAACGUUUUACAACUUUAUCUUAAUCUAUUGGUUGAUAAGUCUUGGCAAGUUAGUGCUUUUGAAGCUAUUCUUGCAUGGUUCCAAGAAGAAACUUCUAAUGUAGAACCAAUUCUUUUACAACAAAAAAAUAUUGAAUUAAUUCUAGAAGCAUUUGUUGUCGCCAAAGCAAAUUCUUUUGAAAAUAUUCUUGAACCAUUACAUAUAAUAACACAAUUAUCUGCUCCUGUAACUUGUGUUUUAGCACAACCAACAUUUUUUGAUCGUUUAUUACAUCGAUUUGGACAUCCUAAACCUGUUGUAAGGUUAAAUUUAUUACGUAUUUUAAAAUCUAUUUGUGAUGUACAUCCACAACGUGAAGAUGUUAUUAAACGUUAUGGAUUAUUUGAAAUUAUUUUUAAAUUGAGUACUGAAGAUCCUGCUGUAUUAAUUAGAGAACUUGCAAAAGAAAUUUUACAGCAAG